AUGGUUCAUGAAUUAUUUCAAAUUCCUCUAAAAGUCUGGCUUUAUAACAACUUAAAAUUAAUGUUGAUUUUAGAUACCCAGACAAUAGACAAUUUAAACAAAACUGUGAAUAAAUAUUUAUCAUACUUUGAAAACUACCUUCAAAUAUUCAUGCCUGCUUCCUCUGCUUCUAUCAAUUCUUCCAUAUUCAUCCUUACAGGGUUCCCUGGCCUAGACCAGUAUUCUCCCUGGUUUUCAAUUCCUCUUUCCUCCAUCUAUGCUAUGGUUUUUCUGGGAAACUCCCUGGUGCUGCAUGUAAUCCGAACUGAGCCAAGCCUACACCAGCCCAUGUUCUACUUCUUGGCCAUGCUGGCCUUCACUGACCUAUGUAUGGGGCUGUCUACAGUGCACACAGUGCUGGGGAUCCUGUGGGGGAUCAGCCAGGAAAUCAGCCUGGAUGCCUGCAUCACACAGGCUUAUUUUGUCCAUGGUCUCUCUAGCACAGAGUCUGGAGUCCUUCUUGUCAUGGCUUUUGAUCGCUUUACUGCAAUCUGCAAUCCUCUGAGAUAUACAUCCAUCCUGACAAAUAGAAGAAUCAUUAAUUUCAUGGUGGCCAUUGUGAUGAGAAGUUCUGUGUCCAUUCUUCCUGUCAUCAUCCGCUUAAAGUUCUUCCAUUACUGCCGCCCCCACGUGCUCUCCCACUCUUUCUGCCUGCACCAGGACCUACUCCGGCUGGCCUGUUCUGACAUCCGCUUCAACAGCUUAUAUGCCCUGAUUCUGGUGAUUUUCGUCUUGCUCAUAGAUGCUGUCCUUAUUCUCAUCUCUUAUGUUUUCAUCUUGUAUACAGUGCUGGCAGUUGCAUCUCAGGAAGAGAGGCUCAGGUCUUUGCAGACCUGUGUUUCCCACAUCUCUGCUGUCCUGGUUUUCUAUAUUCCCAUCAUUGGUCUCACCAUGGUACACCGCUUUGGAAAGCACCUCUCACCUUUGGUUCAUGUUCUUAUGGGAAACAUUUAUAUUCUAUUUCCACCCCUGAUGAAUCCAAUCAUCUAUAGUGUAAAGACCCAGCAGAUCCAAAGCAGGGUAAAGAAGUGGUUUUCAUUGAAAAUAUAG